CCCCAGCCAUCGCCCGGGCUGAGCCGGACGACGAGCCUGGCCCCAAGGUGGACGGGGCGGACGAUGAAAGCUCAUGGAGCUUGGAGAGUGUGUGUGAGACCGACCUCGCUGAGAGCAACCUUGCUGAAAGUGAUAGAGCAAUGCACGACGAUGUCGUGGAGGCCGGUGGGAGUGAGAAGACCGAGGAGGAGGCCCGGGCUGGGGAAGAUGAGGACGAGGCGGCCCCAGUACCUGAGGUGGAGGAGGAGGAGGAGGCGGGCCGGCCCCGUGGAAAUGGCCAGGAGGAGUCCCCAGCCAUCGCCCGGGCUGAGCCGGACGACGAGCCUGGCCCCAAGGUGGACGGGGCGGACGAUGAAAGCUCAUGUAUCGUGGAGAGCUGUGUGUGAGACCGACCUCGCUGAGAGCAACCUUGCUGAAAGUGAUAGAGACUCGGUGGCGGAGAGCACCGACUGCCGCCAGGAUGAGGAGGCUGCAGCAAUGCACGACGAUGUCGUGGAGGCCGGUGGGAGUGAGAAGACCGAGGAGGAGGCCCGGGCUGGGGAAGAUGAGGACGAGGCGGCCCCAGUACCUGAGGUGGAGGAGGAGGAGGAGGCGGGCCGGCCCCGUGGAAAUGGCCAGCAGGAGUCCCCAGCCAUCGCCCGGGCUGAGCCGGACGACGAGCCUGGCCCCAAGGUGGACGGGGCGGACGAUGAAAGCUCAUGGAGCUUGGAGAGUGUGUGUGAGACCGACCUCGCUGAGAGCAACCUUGCCUGA